UGGGCUGAGACAGACGCGGCCUGUGGGUGCCCCGUGGACCGGGACAGACCCAUCUCCCUCCCGCUCCGCGGUCCAGGAGCGGUGCAGGAGGCCCCAGAGCUCACAGACACGCUUGUGCACAGAGCAGGAAGCAGGGAGGUAAACCACUGGAUUUUUGACAGAAAUUCUGCAAAAGUGACUGUCACUAAAGAUGUCAUAUUUAAUGAAAGGAUUUAAAGGUCACAGUCCUGUGAUGUGCAAAGUAGCAGGAAACCUGUUUAAAGCACACACAUUAAAGAACACAUUAGGCAUCAGUGAACAACAAUUCAAAAUUUCACGUGCAUCAUCUCAGCUGAGCUCUGAGAAGGCAAACUCUUAUAGCUACAUCAUUGUAGGAGCUGGCUCAGCGGGCUGUGUAUUGGCCAACAGGCUGACAGAGGACCCGCAGAGUUCCGUGCUGCUUUUGGAAGCGGGCCCUAAAGACACCCUGCUCGGCAGUACAAGGCUGAUGUGGAAGAUCCACAUGCCGGCUGCGCUAACCUACAACCUGUGCGAUGAGAAAUACAACUGGUACUACCACACGAGAGCCCAGCGGCACAUGGAUAACCGGGUGCUGUACUGGCCCCGGGGCAGGGUGUGGGGCGGCUCCUCCUCCCUCAAUGCCAUGGUUUACAUCCGCGGGCACGCCGAGGAUUACAACCGCUGGAGCAGGGAGGGGGCUCCGGGCUGGGACUACGAGCAUUGCCUGCCCUAUUUCAAGAAGGCACAGACGCACGAACUGGGGCCGGAUCGGUACAGAGGUGGGAGCGGGCCCCUGCACGUGUCCAGAGGGAAAACAAACCAUCCCCUCCAUCGGGCGUUCCUGGAGGCAGCCCAGCAGGCCGGGUACCCCUUCACGGAUGACAUGAAUGGAUAUCAGCAGGAGGGCUUUGGCUGGAUGGACAUGACCAUACACCGAGGUCAAAGAUGGAGCACAGCUAGUGCUUAUCUUCGCCCAGCCAUAUCACGCCCAAAUUUCUCAGUUGCAGAGAAGACACUUGUAACAAAAAUCUUGUUCCAAGGAACAAAAUGCAUUGGUGUUGAGUAUGUGAAAAAUGGGCAAAGGAAAAAGGUUUUUGCCAAUAAGGAAGUUAUUUUAAGUGGAGGUGCCAUAAAUUCUCCCCAGCUGCUUAUGUUGUCUGGAAUUGGAAAUGCAGAUGAUCUAAAAAAACUCGGGAUCCCUGUUGUUUGCCAUCUUCCUGGAGUAGGCCAGAACCUUCAAGAUCAUUUAGAAGUGUAUGUCCAGCAAAAGUGCACCAAACCUAUUACUCUCUAUAGUGCACAAAAGCCACUUAACAUGGUGAGGAUUGGUCUGGAAUGGCUUUGGAAAUUUACAGGUGAGGGAGCCACUGCCCACUUAGAAUCUGGUGGUUUCAUCCGAAGCGAAGCAGGGGUUCCUCACCCCGACAUUCAGUUCCACUUUCUUCCUUCUCAGGUGAUUGACCAUGGCCGGGUUGCUUCCACAAUGGAAGCUUACCAGGUCCACGUGGGACCCAUGAGGAGCACAAGUGUCGGCUGGCUGAAGCUGAAGAGCUCAGACCCAAACGAGCACCCCAUCAUUGAGCCCAACUACCUGUCAACAGAAAGAGAUAUUUGGGAGUUCCGCCAGUGCGUCAAGCUGACCAGAGAGAUCUUUGCUCAGAAAGCUUUUGAAAAAUUUCGUGGGCCUGAACUUCAACCAGGAAGUCAUGUUCAAUCUGACAAAGAAAUAGAUGCUUUCAUAAGGCAGAAGGCUGAUAGCGCUUAUCAUCCUUCCUGCACCUGUAAAAUGGGUCAGCCUUCAGACAGCACUGCUGUAGUGGAUCCCCAAACAAAAGUAAUUGGUGUUGAAAACCUGAGAGUAGUUGAUGCUUCAAUAAUGCCCAGUGUUGUCACUGGAAACCUGAAUGCCCCAACUAUCAUGAUAGCAGAGAAAGCUGCAGAUAUAAUUAAGGGUCUCCCAUCACUUCAGGAGAAAAAUGUUCCUGUAUAUAAGCCCAAGACCUUGGAAACACAGAGAUAAGUAAAUGUUCUCAUCCUUUCAUAAAAUUUGCUAUUUAGGCUUUCAUCCGUAUGUUGGUAUCUCAUACUGAAUCAUGAAAAACAACAUAUCCUAUUAAAAUAACUAUUAAUUUCAAUUUUUUUUUGGUAUCUACUGUUCUUUUAAU